AUGCGUCUUAUCAGCAAGAGCAAGAGUGAUCAAAAAUCUUCUCUUUCGUUCUACCUCGCACAUUCCACAUCCUCAAUCGUUUGCAACAUGGAAGCAAUCAUCGGAGACAAGCUACAAGAUCUCGCCUCGGCUGCGUCCUUUCGGCAGGACGCUGGACAGAGUUCAGCAACCGAACCUUCCACUGAAGUCUUUGCUGGAACUGUGAAAGUCCGGCCUGAUGACAGCUCUAUACUUUUCGGUAGAGGUAAAGCGUACAACAGCCACCCAGGCAACCUGAAGAUGCGAUCUGUCCUGGACAAGUACAGAGAUGAAUAUCGACAAUCGUUGAAAGGAGAGAAGUGUAAGCUCGUAAGGAAAGUUCACGAUGAAUUGGUAGGGCAAGGCAUGAAGUUCAUGAAGCAAGCAGAGGGAGGGCAUGGAUGGGUAGAAGUUGACCUGACUGCCGCAGUACAGAAGGUGGGCCUCUCACUCCGAAACCCAAAGAUUCUUCGGCAUAAGCCAACAGCCAACAAAAGUGUCAAGGCUCCCGUGCCUGAUAAGUCAUCGUCUUCGGCAUUUGCCAAUGUCGGAAAGGGGCAACCAUCUGGGAUCACUUCGAAGGAGGCUUCUGUUGCCACAGCAAUGCAAAAGCAGACUGGCAAUUCGCUAGGUCUCGAGGAAUUAGGUGAUCUUCUAAACCACAGGUCUGCACUGGCAGAAAUGGAAACAGUGGCUGGUGGUUUCCAACAGCUACAGAAUCUUGGUGAUCUAAUGCAGCCGGAUAAUGCUGGGUUCGCUGAGCAUGCCAUAGCUCUUCUGCAGAAUCAUUUUGCAGAAUUGGAACUGGAACGACUACGAUCUACUCUGUCAGCUUGCAUGGGUCCGUUGGCACAUUCUAGUCAACAGUCCUUUCAAUCAGCAAAUCAAGUCUAUACAAGUGCUGAACGCGAUUUAUUGGCUUCUGUGGCCAACUCCAGUUCACAAUUCAAUUAUUCUUUUCCCGACGAAGACCCCAUGUUCUGGAUACGCCUUGCUGCGGCUUCACUUUUGAACACAGGUGGUACGUAA